AUGCCGCUCUGGAUCUUCUACCACCCCGACGGUACAUUUGAGGACGAUGCAUCCAGAGAAGCCCUAUCUAAAGACGUCGUCAAGAUGUACACCGACAUCGGUCUUCCCGCCUUCUACGUUAUCACGAACUUCAUCAAGAUGCCUGGCAACACCAUGCUAGUCGGAGGCAAGAAAGUCGGUAAAGAUGAAAAGCCAUUCAUCCGCAUCGUCAUCGAACACAUUGCCGUGAGACUACCAGACGAAGACGAAGUCUACCGAAGGACCGCCAACGGGAUUGACGCUGUCCUCAAGGCCCAGGUUUUCGACAAAGGUUACAACUAUGAGUUCCAUGUCGAUGAGACGGAGAGGAGGCUUUGGAAGAUUAAUGCUAUCUUCCCACCCAUGUUCGGAAGCGAAGAAGAGAAGAUAUGGGUCAAAGAGAACAGAGCCGUGGAUUUUGGAAAUGCCGCUUCGCUGUAG